AUGACUUUUACCACGACGAGAGGAGGGACUUUGCUCUGUGCUGCGGCGAGGAGUGCUGCUCUUUAUUCUGCGACUUUGUGUGAUUUUGACGCGAGGAGGAGGAGGAGGUGCGUUGGGAAAACAACACCUGUACCAAGAAUUAGGGGAUGGUGGUGUUGUUCUUUAAUGAAAGAAAAUGGAUACGUGACAUCCGAUGGCAUCGAGAUGAGCGCGAUAGAAAGGAUGAAUAAAGGAAAUGACGUAGCUCUGAUACUGUUACACGGAUCGUACCACGCGAAAUGGUGUUAUCUUGAACAUUUCUUUGACUAUUUUGGGUAUGAAAACGCUGAUGAUGGACAAAAUGUGGAUGUGUUUGCGAUGGAUUUUCGAGGGCAAGGCGAGAGCGGGAUGAAGAAAGAUGGAGGAAAUGUCGCCGGGACGCUCGAGAGACACGCGGAGGACGUUCGAGAGUACGCGAAAUACAUACGCGGAAGGAAAAAGUACGAGAAAGUUUUCGUCGUCGGGCACUCUUUCGGCGGAUUAAUCGCGCAGAAAGUCUUCGCCGAGGAUUCAGACGACGACGAACGCGUAAAAGAGGCAAAGUUGUUUGACGGGAUGAUAUUACUCGCGUCCGUGCCACCUACCGGGAAUUCGGAGAUGGUCAAGAGAUUUUUGAAGAAGGAUUUGUGGAAGUCGAUGAAAAUUACCUACGCGUUUAUCAGCAAACAGUUCGGGGCGGAUCCUAAAUCCUGUCGCGAGUGUUUCUUUUCCGAGGAAGUCGAGGAGAAGGAUAUCGAAAAGUACAUGCGUUUGAUCAACGAUUCGAGCAAAGCGAGAUUAUUGGAUUUGAAAAAGCUGAACGAGGAGUUGCCGAUUGUAGAUAAAAGUAAGGGACGACAAAAGGGUAAAGAGAAAGUGCUCGUCAUCGGGGGCAAAGACGAUUACGUCGUCGACGAGGAAGGCGUGCGCGAAACCGCGGAGUUUUGGCACGUCGAGGCGAACCUCAUCGAAGGCUUAGCGCACGACGUGAUGCUCGACGCGAAGUGGCAAACAGUUGCGGAAAGAAUGAUGCAGUUCGUGAAUUCUUCUUCCUGA